AAAAUUAACUAAUUACAUAUGCCUCAUUUUUAUUUAACAAGAUCCUAAUAAAGAAAAAAGCCUACAUAACCUGAAAGUCCUUUUUACAUUUUUAAAUAAGAAUAUCAAUCUUAAAACCCUCAUUUAUCUUUACAUCAAGUAAACCAAGAAGCAUUGAAAGCAUACGAAUGCCUAAAUGAUGAUGAUAAAAUUAAAUUAGACCACUAAUACUAAAAAGCAUUAAAAGAAUACGAAAUAAAAACCUAAGAAUGGGAAAAUCUUAACCGUGAAUUUAACUAAUACGAAAAAGGACUCUAAAGUUAAGAUGAAGAUGAUUAAUCGUUAAAAUCAUUAUCUUAAGGUUCUGAAAAAAGUCAUUUUUCAGGAGAUGAAUCUUAAUCAUCAGAUGAAUAAGAUGAAGAUUGGGACGAUAAUUAAGAAAACGAAUAACCAACUAAGUAAUAAUAAUAGAAAAGUAGCGAAAAUCCAGUUCGAAAAAGAUUAUUGAAAAAAAAUUCUCAAAAAAAUAAUUCACCGCUUAGUGAAAAUUCUAAUAGAAGUUCUUCUCCUGCUAGAGAAGGAAAAUCUUCUCCAGAAUAAAAAUAAUCACCAGGAAAAAAAUCUUCAAAAAUUAGAUAAUCUUCUAAAGGCAAACAAUCCACAGGAAGACAAUCCCCUGGAAUAAAAUCUUCACAAGGAAAAUUUUAAGAAAAAUAAUCUCCCGGAAAAAUAUAAGGAAAAGGAAGAGAACCAUAAAAAAAAUCGAAAAAAUAAUUGAUAUAAUAAUAUGAUAUAUAAUUAAGUUAACAAAUAUUUACAAAUGACAUAUAAAGACUAUAUGAUCUAAUAUCUACUUAAAAUGGUCUAUAAAAAUGGCUUUCAAAAGACGUUUUAUUUGAAAACAACCGAGUCUAUAUAGGUAUAUGGAAUAGAAAAAUAUUUUGGAACUUCACACAUAUUGAAUUAGAUAAGAAUUCAAUAAGUUUAACUUGCAAAGAUUUCUCUAAUAUACAAAUAUUUAACACUACACUGAAGAUAUUUAUUGAUUCUGAUAAUAAUGUAGUUAUUCAUCAUUAAGGAUUUAAAAACUAAGAUAAGUAUUUCUAAAAACUGAUUUAGAUUUAUUAAGUAGCAUAAGGAAAAUUAAAAGAACUAGUAGAAGAAAGAAAAUUUAAUGAUGAAAAUUUUAAAAGUUUAGGAGAAGAAGAUGAAAAUAUAAUCUAAUUUUAAGAUGAAAAUUCAGAUGUCGAGGAUGAAGAUUAUUAGCCAUAGUCCUAAAGUUAAAGUUAGGCUACUGAAAGUGAAGAUGAUCAUAGUAAAUAAGAUGAAUAAAAAGAAUAAUAAAAAUAAAAAGAAUAAAUAAAUAUUUCAUAAAAAAAAAAAGGAAGAAAACCUAAAAGUUCAAAUAAAAAGAAAGGAAAUUAAAGCGAAAAUAAAUAAUUAAAUAAUUCUCUAAAAAAACUUAUUAUUUGA